GUCAUCGGGACGCGCUGAGCUUCGCGCCGUUCGCUUUUAGCAUCAUACACCAUGCUCUUAAAAUACACAUUAGUUCAUUAUUUUAACCUCGCCAGUGAAACACUUUCUUUCUUUUAAAUUAAAUGCUCCCGUAAGACCAAUAUGGGUGUUUUUACUUCCCAUACCCAAGGAACAUGAUUAACGCAAAAUAUGAGUUUCAAAGAAAGACCCCCCGACAACACUCCACAAAAUAUUGGCUGUGAUCCAAACACAAACUCUUCUAAGCGGAAUAGUGGUCUAUUUGCCUUCUUGAAAUGGUUCAAGCCUUCGACAUCGCGAGAAUCCAUAGAUACGGAUCUACAAAUAUCUCACUCAAGUAGCUGUGAUAGCUUGAAUUCCACCCAUAGUGUCGGUACGGUGGCGUCUUUUUCUUUUAUUGCUCCCGGUGAUUAUAAAAAUUGCGUGUCUGAAAAGUGCAUUGCCCUUGGUCCCGAAACGGAUACCUACAAAGCAAGACUGAAACAACGCGACAAAAUCAGGGAAAAGGAUAAAAAUCUGACUCUAAGAAAAAAAUACAACUUAUUUUUCAACAGAGAUUCUUUACUGAAACCAAAAAAUAAACCAGUAGAAGUCGAAAAUUCGAAAAGUUUACCCCUAAUGACGCGAGGUGUGAUGGAACCUCAAGAAGAACCCAAAGUGCAUCGAAGGACCAAUAGUGAAAGUUCAAAAGUUCGGAAAGCUGGAGCUUACGUACACGUUAAAGGUAAGCGGAAAGCACCUCAACCCCCUACACUCAACUCUCAAGACGACCCAACAAACAGCUUAAGAAGAAGAAAACGUCUAGCACCCCCACCCCCUAAUAACGAAGAUAAACCAAUGACAACAAUACAAGAAAUUAAAAUUGAUAAAGUGUUCGAAGAUACCGGUAUUAUUUUUAAUGAUUCCUUAAAAUUAGAUCACGGCAUAUUGAAACCCGCCAAAGAAACAGACAUACCUACCACGAAUCAAAAUAGCACAACUUCCCCCUCCUCCACAAGGUCGAGCGUUAUUGAUGCUCCAGUUUCUCCUAGAGCAUGGUAUAAAAGAAAUCUGACUGACAAAACGAAAAAAGAUAAAGUCGAAAAUAAAUACGAACCAAUCGAAGUUCCGGUCUCCAGAAAUUCCUCAUUAGAUUUAACCUUAGACGAUGUAAAAAUAGAAAAGAAAAAGGAAGAAAAAAGAAAAUCUGGCAUGACUUUCCUAACAAACAUUAGUGAACUAGACAGAGAAGCGUAUGAAAUAGUAAAAAAUAAAGAUCAAGAUCCUAGUAAAAAACCAGCAGACUUCAACGAAAUGCCUGAAUUUAUGCGACCCAAAAACACCAAUCCAGAAGAAUAUGUUUCACCUAAAAGGCGAUCAGCGAGAGAUCUAAUAGCGAAAUUCAACGCCAUUACCAACGUAAAAAAAGUUAGCGUUUUCGGGGGAUCACACAAAGAUAAACUUUUAGAAAAACAAAUUAGCCUUGAUGAAACCAGAAGAAGGCAGGAAUCCAUAUUGGAAAAUCACAAAAAAAGAUUAGAAGAUAUCGAUAAUAAAAAAAAUGCGUUACCUUUAAUGAAAUCAGAAAGUGCUAGUGCUAUAAAACCAAAAAAAGACACACCAAAAAUGGAGAGAAAGAAUUGGUUGUGCCCUAAGUGUAAUAUAGAUAACGAUUAUUGGAGGAUAAUAUGCCACGUGUGUUCUACCAUAAAACCCUAUUUUGACGAUUUUUCCUCAUCGCCAAAACUAGAAAGUAACAAUCAAGAAAAAAAAAUUACCAAAGAAACUACGCCUCCGAAAAAGACUGAUAUUAAUUUUGAGAGGUCAAAAACCCAAAUAGGAUUUUCAGCUUUACUAAACUACAAUUACAACAACAAACUAAAACAAGGAAAUUCCUCAAGCUCAGACGAAAAAGUAGAUCAAAACAGCAAACGCGAAGAAAAAGAAAAACUUAAAAAAAUGUUAAUAGAAAUGAAAAAUUCACUACCUAAACGACAGUCAAAUAUUGCUCAAAGAAAAAAUAACACAUCUAGUAUAAUAUUAGAAAAUCCAGACGAUUUAGCUGUUCCCAAAAACGAGGUAACUAAAAUAGAAGCAAAAGUACAUAAUAACCAAGAAGCUGAGAAACAAGAAAAAACACAAGAAGAAAAAGUUGCUGAAAUUCUAAUUGGAACAACGACUACCGUAUACGAAAACAUUAAAGUCAAAAAAACAGAUAACCCGAAACCAUUAAAAGUCUCAACAUCAGCUCAAACAACAGCAGCUGUAAAGCAACAGCUUCCAGCAUCAACGAUUGCAAAUUUAGUAGCAGACCAAAGGAGCAAAAAUAAUUUUGAACUAAUGCAAGCGAAAGAUUUCGAAAAUAUUUAUUCCCAAUCUAGUCAAUCGGCUGCAAAAAUGUACGCCAAUUUAGUGAGAAACGAUGAACUGUCUUUGUUUUUUAAUAUACCCAAAGAUGUACCGAAGAAAGAUGAGAAAACUUCCAGGAAUCUAAGCAGGACUGAUAGUUUGCAGAUCAACAGGUUAUUGAAAAAGUUGGAGUUGUCGAUUUCGAAAGGAGAAUUGACGGAGUCGUCGAAUAUUGCGAGGGAACUUGCGUUAUUGAAAGUGAACUGUUCAGUGGUGAGACAUAAAACUUUGGCAUCUAGAGAAAAAAACAAGAAAAUACAGAUAGAAAUGUACGUAGAAGACAAAAUUUCUCACAGAGGACCCUUUCCUGUCGAUAUAAUACCCGAUCAAACUUUAUCACAACUGAAAAUCCAAGUGGAGAAGGAUUUUGAAAUACCUGUAGCUUACCAAAGGUGGAUCCUUGGCAAAGAACUAGUAACAGAUGAUAACGUACGUUUGAAAGAUCAUGGAAUUAUUACCGAUGGUUGUCCAGUGUUCCUCUAUUUAGUAGCACCAGAAAAGACUUCUGAGCCUAGCCAAAAACCAAUCACUGAUUUAAGAGAUAUCCCUUCAACAUCCAAAGAAAAUAAUAAAGUAAACAUAACUGAAACCAAAAUUACAAUAAACGAAGGUACAUCAAAUAGUGUUUUGAGUAAAGAAUCUGAUAAGUUAGAAUACAAACCUCCAAAAAUUUCAAAUCCAUUUAAAGACAGAUUAGAAUUUAAGAAUAUUGGCGCAAAUGGAAGUCAUCAUACCCCGAAAAUUGUUAAUGUUAUACCAAAAAUAACAGAAGUUAUAUUGAAACCUCAAAACAUUUCAGUAACAGUUUCUGAAGAUAAUUCAGAUAAAACAAAUGUUAAGAAGGAACUUAUUGGAACAAAGUCGAAAAAAGAACAAUCCCCAACGAAAGUUGAAAGUAAAUUAAAAAAGGAACAAACGCCACCAAAAAUUGAAAUAAAGCAAAUUGCACACUCAUCUGCCCCAAUUGAAGUUUUAAAAGUAGAAAUUAAAUCUACUCAGGCACCUGCGACUAUAAUAGAAACAGUAAAAGUGGAACUACAGUCCAACGAUAAACCAAGUACUUCAAGCAAAAUUGUAAAUUCCGAAUCUAAAUGUGUUAUUAUUCCUAUUACAAUCGAAAAUGAUCUCAAGCAAACAAAUGUAUCGCCUCCAAAGACCAAUGUACUGCCGCCAGACCCCACGUUAGAAGUAAAACCAAUAGUGCAACACGUAUUUCCUACAAUUCAAAAUUCUUACCAAAAUCAGAUCAAAUCUGAAGGUCCGAAACUAAGUAUCCAGUCUUCAUCGAGUCUCCAUGUUCCUCCUAAAGCUAAGGAAGAAGAAGACUUCUCUGAUUACGAAUCUAAAACUUUAAAACCUAUAAAAGAGUGGGAAUGCCAUCUAUGUACAUUACUUAACCCUGUAAAUAGUAAUAUCUGCGCUGUAUGCUCUACGAUUAGGGUUAGAACAAAAAUAGAAACUAAGGAAGUUAAAAGUGAUAAACCGUCCUCUAACUCAGCUCAAACCUAUUAUCAGUUAUUAAAUUUAGAUAAUACAGACUUGAUAGAAAACUCUGAACCAUUUACUUGCUUAGUUUGUUUCAUAGAAAUUCAACCAAAAGAAGGUGUGACACUCAGAGAAUGCUUACAUCAAUUCUGCAAACCUUGUUUAUCGCAAACGAUAGAAUUCUCAGACGAAGCAGAGGUUAAAUGUCCUUACAGAGAUGAAAUUUACGCUUGCACUAUUAGUUUGCAAGAUAGAGAGAUUAAGGCUUUGGUUAAUGCUACCAUAUACGAGCAGCAUUUGGCUAAAUCCGUAACACAAGCUGAAAACAAGAUUGAUAAUUCUUUUCACUGCAAGACUCCGGAUUGCAAGGGAUGGUGCGUUUAUGAAGAUAAUGUAAACGAGUUUAAAUGCCCUGUUUGUAGGAGGACGAACUGUUUGACUUGUCAGGCUAUCCACACCGGAAUGAACUGCAGGCAAUUUCAAGAAAAAAUCAAAGACGACGCAAAUCUAGAUGAAGAUGGCAAAAAAACCAAAGCAAUGUUAGAAGAAAUGGUUCAAAAAGGAGAAGCCAUCGAAUGUCCUACUUGCAGAGUGAUUUUGAUGAAAAAGUGGGGUUGUGACUGGUUGAGAUGUUCCAUGUGUAAAACUGAAAUUUGUUGGGUGACAAGAGGGCCUAGGUGGGGCCCGAUGGGUAAAGGAGACACUUCUGGAGGUUGUCAGUGCGGUGUGAAUGGAAUAAAAUGUCAUCCAAAGUGUAAUUAUUGUCAUUAGAUCAAAUUUAAUUGGUUUAUAAAAUACUAUACUGUGUUAGUUUUGAUUAAUUCAAAUUAUUUGGCGAAAUUCCUUUUCAUAAAGUAAUAGUAAAUACUUUCUAGUUCAAUUUAUAAAAGGUUUUAUUUAACGCCAUGUUUCAAAAAUAUAUUUUUAUUCAGCAUUUUCUUGUGCAGCUUUUAUGCCUUUUACUCUACUUUUAAAAGAAAUGGAAAAAUGUUUUUGUAAAUGAUAUUUCUAUGUGAUUACUUAAUAGUGAAAAAUUUAGUAUUUUUAAGUUUCUCACAACAAAAAGUGUUCAAGGACAAUUUACGAAAUGAAUUAAUUUAAUAAAAUGUUUUCAUUAAAACUAUUUGGUAUUAUUAAAAAAUUGAAACAUAUUUUGAUCAAUUUGUGUGCACUUGUUAAGGAUUUAACUUGUUUUGGUACAGAUUGUACAUCCAAUCUGACUAUUAAAACCUGUCAAAACAAAAUUAUUGGAAGUGGAAUUAAUUUAAGGUUAUAAUUAAUUAGGUUCAAAUACAAAAACUUUUAUUUUUUUUGCAAAAUCCAAAAAUAAAAAGAUACCAAUAUUAAAUAAGAAUUAAAAAUGUUUCUACAGUCACUUUUAAUCUGAACAUUUUGCGACAACUUUUAUAAACCCCAAGAGAAUUACAAAGUUUUAAAUAAUUAUUUAGUGAUAUUGGUAGAAAACUAUCUCUUCAAGGGUUGUUCAUUAAAAACUAAUUUAUUAUAUAACAUAUUCAUAUUGUUUGUUAUUAUUACUGUUCUUACAUUUAGGGUUUGUUAUUCUAUAUUUAGGAAAAUAUGUAAAAUAUUUUAGUGUUUCCUCACAUCAUUAAAUGUCGAAAAUCAUAAUAUAAUAAUUGACAUUAACUUAAUAAAUUAUUUCGAGUUCUAGGAACAUAGAAGUAAGUUUUUAUAAUAUUGAAGACAACAAAAUUCACUCAACAAGAUAUAUUUAUAUUGAAAACCUUACCAACCCCAAUUUGAUGAACAGUAUUACAGUUAUUCUAAAAAACUAAAUUUAAUAGGGUCUCGGAGGUCCAGGUGGUCCCCCUCUCAUCAUACCAGGUGGAGGUCCUCUCAUACCCAUUGGAGGCGGUCCACCACGUCCCAUUCCCAUUUGAGGCGGCAUUCCCAUCAUACCAGGAGGUGGACCCAUCAUGCCAGGUGGUGGCCCACCCAUUCUAGGUGGACCUUGGUUCAUUUGUGGUGGUGCUGAGACUUGUCCCCUACCUCCAGGCGUCAUUACCUGUUGAGAUGGGCCACCUACUCCUCUUACAGGUCCUUGAAGACCUACAGGGACACCUGUCAUACCUGGAGGCAUUCCCCUACCUCCAGCUCUUCCAAUACCUGGACCUGGUGCUGCUCCGGGAAUAGGUACCCUAGGAAGUCCUUCUUCUGGUGGAGGAGGGCCUUCUACAGUUAAAGACACUAUGCUCUCUCCUCUUAAUAAAACAAACCCUAACACUCGCUUUUCUUCUCUUUCAACUUUUGAAUUUUUUGGUUUUAUUUUACGAAAUUCUUCACAAUCUCCAAGAAUCAUAUUCAUAUGUUUAUCAAAUGCUUUAAAAGUGCCAAUAAACG